AUGGAGCUUCCUCCCUUCUCCAUCGACCAGCUCGCAAAGCUGACCGAGUCCAAUGUGCCACCAUCACAACUCUUUGAGAUCCUCUCACAAUACGAGACCGAUGCGUCUCUUAUGUCGGCAGGCUCAGGUAGCCAAGAAACAGGCGGGGGUGACUCAGAGCUACUAAGCCUUUUCUACUCCUGUUUCUUUUUCGCCCAUCUUCUUACAAACCAACUACCCGAAGCUCGAGCAUUGACACAGCGUAUGCCAGAGAAUUUGCGACACCAAGAUCCGUCUCUCCAGAACUGCUUGACCCUACUACGAGCACUUUGGCAAACCCAACAUGCCCAAGUAUACCGGAUUCUUAGGGGACUUCCUUGGCCAGAUACACUCCAGCCUUUGGUGCGGAGAUAUGAGAGCUUUUUCCAAGAUCAGACCUUGAUAUCCGUCAGCACAUCUUACGAAGCGAUACGGCCCGCUACCGCCGCGAACUAUUUAGGUCUUGAUCCCCAGGCUGCAGAACGGGGCGAUCAGGAUAUCAUAGAGAAGUUCACGAGAUGCGGGUGGACUUGGGACCCAAAAACGAAGCUAUUAUAUCCAUUUCCGAUCGCCAUACCGUCCACCGAUAAGCAAUCUUCAAACAGUAUUCGCGAGACAAUGGCGAUGCUUGGAACCCGCGGGAGUUAA